AUGAAGAAAUGGGGGAGUUCAGACUCAGGGGAGCCUGAGGACCUGCCACAAGAAGACUCCCACCCAAAACCCCUGGAGGGAGACCCCAACUCCAGGCCAGCUCCGGCCAAGCCCAGCAUCUUCCCCACGGCCAAGAGCCGCAGCCGGCUCUUUGGGAAGUGUGACUCGGAGGAGGCCUCUCCUAUGGACUGCUCUUACGAGGAAGGGCAGCCAGCCUCCUGCCCGGCCAUCACGGUCAGUCCUGUGGUCGUCGUCCAGAAGACUGGGGAUGGCCCCACCUGUGCCAGGCAGUCAUCCCAGGACUCCGUCCCAGCUGGCACCGAGCGGAAGCUCAAGCUCUAUGACCGCAGGAAGAUCUUUGAAGCUGUCGCCCAGAAUAACUGCGAGGAGCUGGAGAGCCUGCUGCUCUUCCUGCAGAAGAGCAAGAAGCACCUUAUGGACAGCGAGUUCAAAGACCCAGAGACGGGGAAGACCUGUCUGCUGAAGGCCAUGCUCAACCUGCACGACGGGCACAACAGCACCAUCCCCCUGCUCCUGGAGAUCGCCCGGCAGACGGACAGCCUGACGGAGCUGGUCAACGCCAGCUACACAGACAGCUACUACAAGGGCCAGACAGCGCUGCACAUCGCCAUCGAGAGGCGGAACAUGGCGCUGGUGACCCUCCUGGUGGAGAACGGGGCAGACGUCCAGGCUGCGGCCAAUGGGGACUUCUUUAAGAAAACCAAAGGGCGGCCUGGCUUCUACUUUGGCGAGCUGCCCCUCUCCCUGGCUGCAUGCACCAACCAGCUGGGCAUCGUGAAGUUCCUGCUGCAGAACUCCUGGCAGCCGGCAGACAUCAGUGCCCGGGACUCGGUGGGCAACACAGUGCUGCACGCGCUGGUGGAAGUGGCCGACAACACGGCCGACAAUACCAAGUUCGUGACGAGCAUGUACAACGAGAUUCUGAUCCUGGGGGCCAAGCUCCACCCGACGCUGAAGCUGGAGGAGCUCACCAACAAGAAGGGGCUGACGCCACUGGCCCUGGCCGCCAGCAGCGGGAAGAUUGGGGUCUUGGCCUAUAUUCUCCAGAGGGAGAUCCAGGAGCCGGAGUGCAGGCACCUGUCGCGGAAGUUCACCGAGUGGGCCUACGGGCCGGUGCACUCCUCCCUCUACGACCUGUCCUGCAUCGACACCUGCGAGAAGAACUCGGUGCUGGAGGUGAUCGCCUACAGCAGCAGUGAGACCCCUAAUCGCCAUGACAUGCUCUUGGUGGAGCCGCUGAACCGACUCCUGCAGGACAAGUGGGACAGAUUUGUCAAGCGCAUCUUCUACUUCAACUUUUUCGUCUACUGCUUGUACAUGAUCAUCUUCACCACGGCCGCCUACUACAGGCCUGUGGACGGCUUGAUUCAAUAUUUCCUGCAGAGGCGGCCGUCACUGAAGUCCUUGUUUGUGGACAGCUACAGUGAGAUACUUUUCUUUGUGCAGUCACUGUUCAUGCUGGGGACUGUGGUGCUGUACUUCUGCCGUCGCAAGGAGUACGUGGCCUCCAUGGUGUUCUCCUUGGCCAUGGGCUGGACCAACAUGCUCUACUACACCCGUGGCUUCCAGCAGAUGGGCAUCUAUGCCGUCAUGAUUGAGAAGGUGGCGGUGGUGACACUGAUUGAGGACGGAAAGAACGACUCUGUGGCUGAGACCACAUCGCACAGGUGGCGGGGGCCCGGCUGCCGGCCGCCCGACAGCUCCUACAACAGCCUGUACUCCACGUGUCUGGAGCUGUUCAAGUUCACCAUCGGGAUGGGCGACCUGGAAUUCACCGAGAACUACGACUUCAAGGCCGUCUUCAUCAUCCUGCUGCUGGCCUACGUGAUUCUCACCUACAUCCUCCUGCUCAACAUGCUCAUCGCCCUCAUGGGGGAGACUGUCAACAAGAUCGCGCAGGAGAGCAAGAACAUCUGGAAGCUGCAGAGAGCCAUCACCAUCCUGGACACGGAGAAGAGCUUCCUUAAGUGUAUGCGGAAGGCCUUCCGCUCAGGCAAGCUGCUGCAGGUGGGCUACACGCCUGACGGCAAGGAUGACUACAGGUGGUGUUUCAGGUGGAUGAGGUGA